GCGAAAAAUGGCUGCGGUAGAAGCUCAGUUGAUGCUAAGCGUCGGACUGAUCGAGAAAGACACGAAUGGGGAUGCCCUGUGGGUGUGGUGUUACCCCUCCGUCAGUGCAGAGUUGCGGGAGCUGCUUCUCAGGAAAUGCUGCCUCACCGCCGAGAACAAACUUAUCCACACCUUUGUGUUCGGCCAGUUCAGAAGAACUUGGUAUUACAUCAGCACAGUGGGGGGGCAGGACGCUGCUGCAUUGAAGAAGGUAACCCAUUUUUCAAUAGUUCUUACUGCAAAAGACUUUAAUCCUGAGAAGUAUGCAGCUUUUAGCAGAGUGCUCUGCAGGAUGUAUAUUAAGCAUGGCAGCCCUGUUAGGAUGAUGGAGAGCUACAUUGCUGUUCUUACCAAGGGGGUCUGUCAGAGUGACGAGAACGGCUCCUUUCUCAUUCGGGACUAUGAUGUCAGGAAGGCCUAUCUAGCUGGUUCUAUUAAAGAUGUUGUGUCCCAGUUUGGAAUAGAGACCAUAAUCCUAUACACUGCUUUGAUGUUGAAGAAGAGAAUCGUGGUUCACCAUCCCCGGAUUGAAGCGCUCCAGGAGUUCACCAGGGCUCUCCCAGCACUGGUAUGGCACCGGAAGGACUGGUCGAUACUGCAUCCUUAUGUACAUUUAAACGACAAUGAACUGCACAGCUUAAAGGUUUGCACAGGUUACGUAGCCGGAUUCACAGACCCUGAAGUCAGCAGCAGAUCAGACCUCUACGAUGUGUAUGUGAAUCUGCAGGACAGUGAAAUAACAGUGUUACCGCACGCAAAAGAGGCAAUGACGAUGGGUAAACUGCACAAGGAUGUUGGACAACUCAUCAUUCAGUCUGCAGAAGACCCGGAGAGAUCUGACAGUCAGGUUAUUAAGGAUAUCUCAGUAAAGACAAGAGAGAUUUUGACCAGUUUGGCAUCUCUAGCGGAAACUACGGAGAACGAGAACUCAAAAAUCACUCUGGAGAUGCUGCAGCAGCGGCGCUUCCCUCCGGCGACGGAGAACUUCCUGUACCACCUCGCUGCCGCGGAGCAGAUGCUGAAGAUCUGACGCUGCACAGCAGGAACCGGCCAAGGUCGAUCAAUAACGCACUUGAGUCUUGGCUCAUAACUUUUUUGUAUAUUGUCAUGAACAUAUAGAGUAAGGUCUAAUUAGGGUUGGACGAUAAUUUUCAAUUAUCAGUUAAAAACGAUCACCACAAUCAUAAGUACAGUAGAACCUAUCAUAUCCGAUCCAUUAAAAGAUAGGUACCCUCUAUUAACUAAUGGACCUCUGGCAUUUGUCGUUUACACAUGCUGCUAUAAACAUUAUUCUCUCUCACUCACUCAGUCGCUCUUUUCUUUCUCUGUCUGCUUUUCACAGUACAGUGGGGGCACAAUUUAAAGUAAUAUUCUGAUGCCUAGCAUAUCUGUGUGGUCAAAUCAGGUGUCUACAGAAGAGAGAGAAACAACGUGUCUUGGUAGCAGUGGGGCUGAUCUUUUUAGCUGUAGGUGACUGUCAGAAACACGAGCGUUGACAAUGUUGGUCAGUACCAAAAUAGUAAAACAAUAAUCUAUCUAUUGUUCCAACACCGGCCCCUAUUUGGAUGUGUGAAGGCAAAAUUUUAAGAAUGAAUAAAGUAAUAUGAAUGGUAUUGUAAACCUUGCCAGAAACAAAACCGAACAACAAUGUAACUGCUCCCCUUCCUGCAAUUAUUAUACUGUACUCUUUUUUUUAUUUUUCUUUGAAUAUUCGUCUUUUCACUUCCUAUAGUGCAGAAAAUGUGUUUGUUGUUGUUUUGCUUAUUGUCUGAAAUCCUAGGUUCAGAGCAAGGGAUGUUGGGUGAAAUCUUUCCAGAAGUGAUAACCCAGGUUCUUUAGGAUUCAAAUACAACGCUGGCCUAAUAACUUGAUGUGGGCCCCUGGUCCGAUUGCAGUUAUACAGUACUAACAAAAAUACAUUUAGUUUCAGCAUUCACCAAUAUUUCGACUACAAGUCUUUGGUGUUAUAAUUGCAGUUAGACCUCUGGAGUGAAUGUGACCAGCAGAACAGGAAGUGGUUAGGUCCCGGGAAGCCGAUUUGAAUGUGUAAAUGCAGUUAGUCCGAAUCAUUCCUCUCUAUAUGUAUGUGUGUGUGUGUGUGUGUGUGUGUAUAUAUAUAUACACACACACACACACACACACACACACACAUUUAUAAAUUGUGGUGUAUUUACCUGCUUUCUUUAACCAGCUUUGGGAUCUAAUACAAGAUAUUUGUUAAGAGAGUAGAGGAAUUUAUAUAGAUACACGUUUUAUUUUUUUGUAUUUUGUUUUUUAUAAUGCAGUGAUACAUGAAAAUGUCCUUCCUGCAGAAAUUUCCUUUUAAGUGUGUCCAGAUUCCUUAAAUAUGCUAUUAAUCAUCGCCUUUAUUAGCUCUAGUAGUGGUCUUUUGCUUCUUUUGGUCUUGUUUUUAAAUGCAACGCCAUAGAUUAAAAAUCUAAACCACUACUUCCUGCGCUGUAAGUUUUAUGGCCUAAUUACAGUUGGGCCAUUGGACUGCUUCUGACCUACAGCACAGGAUGUGGUUAUCUACCAAGGAUGCAACAGCAACUUUGAAUCUAUUGUGCUGUAUUAAAAUAAUAAUAACAAACAAUACUGUGCAUAGUGCUAAUAAUGUAAUUUAAAUCCUAGUUUGACAACUUCAGCAUUAGCAUUUAGAAUAGUGAAUCUUACUAAAUUUAAACCUCUAAAUGUAUGUGUACUUUACCUUGCAGUCAGUCCCAGCAGUAACAUAAUAACUGGCUGUGCUUUGUAUUACAUUCAUUUUUCUAACAAUAUUUGUACUGGAGCAAACUCAAUACAGGUGUUUUAUGUUAGUUGUCAGUUUCACAUUGGUUUAAUAUCAAGCUCCAUCAGCAGGACAGUUGAAAUGCAUUGUUUUUCAGUAUUAAAAAUGAAUCUGUCACUUGAUCCUUUCAUCUUCUGUUCCACGAUUUCAAAUGAAAACUGGUUGGUCAACAAAAACCACAGUAAACCAACUACAGUAGUAAUUGUGAUGACAUGACCCUUUACAGAAACUGAAUAUUUUUCAUGCUGGGUUUAUAUAUUUCAAUAUAUUGUGGUUUACCAGCCUAUGUUAACAACUUUUAGAAUUAAACAAUAUCAUCUUUAAAUUGCUCUCACAAUAGUAAACAACAUACUGAUCACUGAAGUUGUAUAAAGAUGGUGCUUACUUAAAAAAACGGAAGCAAAUUAGGAUUAAUUACCUUUAAGUGAGCAAAAUGACACAAGUGGGCCUACAUACAGCUAUGGUCAAAAGUUUAGCAUCACCUAAAAUUUUUGAAUUGAGACAUAAUAAAAAAAAAAUAUAGGA